AUGCGCUUAACAGCAGCGGCCUCUGCAGCAGAUGUGGUUGUUAUCGGAGCUGGCCUUAGCGGCCUCCAAACCGCGGUGAAUAUACAGGCCGCUGGGUUCUCCUGCCUUGUCCUUGAGGCUAUUGACCGGGUCGGCGGUAAGGUACUCAGUAUAAAAUCAAGCUCCAAGGGCGACGGUGUGAACGACGAAGGAGCUGCGUGGGUGAAUGACAGCAACCAGUCCGAAAUUUGGAAGUUGUUCGAGAAAUAUGACAUUGGAGCCAUAACUCAGAGAAUUACUGGACUUAGCUUCCAGCAAGCUGAGAAUGGCAGCGUGGAAGCCCACCCAUACGACAAGGAUUUGCCUGAGGGAGACGUUGGUCAAGCUGGUGAAAUACAGCGGAUAUAUGAAGCCAUUGAGCAGGCUGUUAAUGCUUCUAAUCUCGAAUAUCCUGAGAUUGGACCUGAUGCUCACAAACUCGACAAUAUGACAUUUGCUGAAUUUGGCCAGGAAACGAGCCCCACCCUUGGAGCCGUGAUAGCCUCAUUAGCUGCAGGUGCUCUAUUAGGGGUUGAGGCUAAUGAGGUCAGCGCACUAUUCAUGGUCAACUAUAUCAAGAGUGGGUUCGGAAUAAAGAUCAUAACCUCGGAUGCGAAGGACGGCGGGCAGUAUAUCAGGGCAAGACGCGGUAUGCAAGCCAUAGCCGAAGGCCUCGCUAGUGAAUUGACUCUAGGCUCUCUUCACUUGAACACUGCUGUUAAGUCCAUUGAACAGAAGGACGACGGGUUAUAUGAAGUAAAUUCCGCAGCUGGAGCGGUAUUCACUGCGAAACAUGUCGUGGUUUCUAUUCCGACUCCCCUGUACAAGACGAUUGAAUUCACGCCGGCACUACCAGAGAGCAAGAGGAACUUAGGCGAGAAUACGACCCUGGGGUAUUACAGCAAAGUGACACUAGUCUUCGAAAACCCGUGGUGGCAAACAGCAAAUCUGUCGGGUGUCAUGACCUCGAUGAAGGGACCAAUCUCUUUUACUCGCGACACAAGUUCCCCAGAUGAUGACCAAUGGUCUAUAACCUGUUUCGUCGUGGGUGAGAUGGGACGUGUUUGGAAUAAACUAUCGGAGGCGGAGCGACAGAAGGCUGUUCUCGAACAAUUCAACACGGUAUUCUCAACCGCGACAGCCGUGCCAGAACCAAUUGCUAUUCACGAGAAAAUCUGGGCCGACGAGCCUUUCUUCUUCGGUGCUCCAUCUCCUGUCAUGGCUCCUGGAGUGCUGACUUCGCUCGGCUCGGAUGUUCUGCGAGAACAGGCUAGAAAUAUUCACUUUGUUGGCACGGAAACUUCAGUCGUUUGGAAGGGCUAUAUGGAUGGUGCUGUGAGGUCUGGACAGAGAGGUGCGGAAGAAGUGAUCAAGAGCUUACGUGGGACACGACUACGACUGUCUUCCUAG